UUGAAACCAGCGCUUCUCAUGAUCACACCAAAGAUUCUUGGCCUGCUGGCAGUUUUGGCAAUUGCCCGCGUCGAUGCCAGCCCCAACGAUGCGCAGAUAUUGAAAUUUGAAAAUGUCAACUUGGAUGGCAACGGCUAUGCCUUCUACUACGAGACGAGCGACGGCAUCUCGCGCCAGGAGACGGCCCAACUGAAGCAUGUCGGCACCGCAGAGGAAGCUAUUGCCGUGCAGGGUAGCGUUAAAUGGGUGGGACCCGACGGUGUACACUAUAAGCUCAACUAUCUGGCCGACGAGAAUGGAUUCCAGCCGGAAGGUGAACAUCUGCCACGCCAGGAAACGACCGGAAUGCUCUGAUCACGUGAUCACCUGUGCUUUUGUUGUUCAAAUGUUAAACAAUGUCCAUAAAUAUCCAAA